AUGACCGUCCCUAGAGUGGUCGCCAGGUGUAUUGGCGCGGGCGUCUUCGUCGUCGUGACUCUGGCCAUUGCCGUCGCGCUCGAUCUCGCCUUCGGCUUGCGGCACUAUGCUUACUCUGCGCUCUCAUUGCCCGGCACACUACACGCUGUACCCGACUAUCUCAGGCGCCAACUGGAGUCUAACUUUAGGCUGAGCACUGCCGUGUCUGGUGAAGCUCCACGGACCCGCGAGUACCACUUUACUGUCGGUCAUGUCGUGGGCGCCCCGGACGGCGUGGAGAGGGAUAUGCUCGUUGUGAACGGGAUGUACCCCGGACCAACCAUCGAAGCGAAUCAGGGCGAUAGGCUUUUGGUCACCGUUCAGAACAACCUUGAUGAGAGGACGAGCAUUCAUUGGCACGGCCUCUACCAAAACUCCACGCCAUGGUACGAUGGUACACUCGGGAUAACAGAGUGCGGUAUUCUUCCAGGACAGUCUCUGACAUACAACUUUACGCUGGGCGAGUUCUACGGAACAACUUGGUGGCAUGCACACCCGUAUGGUUACUCGAGCACCGAUCUCAAAUCUGAUAUAGCCGGCACUCAGUACAGCGAUGGAGUCGUUGGCGCCCUCAUUGUACAUCCGACUCAGGAUGUCGUGGGCUGGCCGGCAUGGGACGAAGACCUGCUUGUACAGAUGGCCGAUUGGUAUCACGACUUCAGCACGAAUCUACUUGAACUCUUCAUGCGGCCAGACAUCGGGUUGACUGGUACACCCGGAGAUGAGCCAGUACCCGACAGUUCCACGAUCAACGGUCUCGGGCAGUGGCAAGGCCAUGGAGACUACUUCACGUUCAAUCUUGAACGCGGGAAGACGUAUCGCCUACGCCUCCUCAACACGGGCUCAUUCGCCUCAAUCAAGUUCUCCAUCGACUCGCACCAGCUGACAGUCAUUGAAGCGGACAGUACCCCAAUCACUCCCUUCACCGCGCGCUACGUGACCGUCGCAGUCGCCCAGCGCUACUCUGUACUGGUCAAAGCCGACGCACCACGAGCCGACAGUGGCGCGUACUGGAUGCGCAGUACGAUGAUGACAGACAUGUUCAGAUACUCGAAAUGGGGCAUCAACACGGACGUGCGCGGUAUCGUUCGCUACAAGGGCGAGUCGGAUGAAGGCAUGCUGCCUGGACCGGCGGACUCUCCUGACCCGUGGAUGGAGGACAAAAGCCUCCCGCUUGUCGAUGGCCUCUCGACACUGGAGCCGCUGGUCGAAGUACCCAUCCCUGAUGCGACGCGUGCGUGGCGCGUGCAGUACAGCUUCCAGAAGACCUGGGCACACGAGUGGUUGGGGUUCAUGAACAUGACGAGCUGGUUACCAGUCGAAGGACGCGCAUCCCUGUUUAACGUUCAAGAAGACGCGACAUACACGCCGCAAGGCACCUCAACACGCGGCGACGAAUUCUACAUCACAGAGGACGGGGUGUAUGUAGUCGACAUUCAGAUAUCAAGCCUCGACGAUGGAGACCACCCUUUCCACAUACAUGGCUACACACCGUGGAUCAUGGCCGUCGGCUCCGGUCGGUACAUCGGGCAAGAGUACAACAUCAAGAAGCCGUUACGCCGGGACACAUUCUUCAUCCCUGCUUAUCACUAUAUGGUCAUACGCAUAGUGACCGAUAACCCGGGGCUGUGGGCUUUCCACUGUCAUAUUCAAUGGCACAUGGCGCAAGGUCUGCUCAUGCAGAUAGCUAUUCAACCGUCAAAGCUGGCGCAAUGGACAGCACCGCCAGAACUCCUUGCCCAAUGCGGCGAUUCGUAUGUACCAAGGACAUUAGAUACCGCGUCAGAAGAUAUCGACACAUCGUCAUUGUAA